GUGACAAAACGCGGAAGUCGGUCAAUAUUGUUACAUUGUUGCAGUCCAGCAGCGAUAUUGUUCAGAGCUGUGUUGUGACUCUAACUUGCGCAGCUAACUAGUUCAACUGGAGUGGUGGAAACAAUUGUAUCUUUUAGCGCGGAGAGUGUAUCCAGGAGUUGCCAAAAUGCUCAAUGCACCUGCCGCCGAGAGAAAUAAGGAGCCCAUCCUUGCUGUGCUCCGUGAGAGUGUGGAUACGGCGAAACCGUUGAAUGCUCUAGAGAUAUCGUCUGGUACCGGGCAACAUGUCACCCACUUCGCACAGGGUUUACGAAAUAUUACCUGGCAGCCGUCAGAAUUUGACAGACAAUCUUUAGCCAGGUGAGUUUAAAUUAUUCAAAAUAGGUUAUUAUGAAUUCAUAGUAGGCCUAACUCUUUCUUUAGGCCUACAUCAGCAGCUAUUGUUUUUUGUUGAUGCUUACAAUGAGAACCAUCUAUUUUGUCCCCGGCACCAGUAUAGACGCAUACAGAGCGCAUCACAACCUGCCCAACGUGAAGCCUGCCAUCCACCUCGACGCCUCUCUACCCUGUGAGAACUGGGGUGGGAUCCAGCCCGAGUCCUUGGACCUGGUACUCAACAUCAACAUGAUCCAUAUCUCCCCUAUGGCCUGCACUGAGGUAAAUACUGGUUAGGCCUACAUAUUGUCCAGAGAGAUGCUCUUUUAAAUACAAAGUUAAUGGUCCACUAACUGAUGAUACAUAAUACUUUUAUUGCAUACUACUCAUUAUUACACUACUCAUUAUCGUGUGAUGUUAUGUUUUUACUCACAGGGUUUGUUCAAAGGAGCAGGAACCAUCCUGAAACCACAAGGAGUACUGCUGACAUAUGGGGUAUAUUAUAAUGGUGUUACAAGCACUGUGUUGACUAUAUCCUCAACCUGAUGUUUGCAGUAAAUAAGCAUGUAGAAGAAAGCAUGUUGGAAGCAAUAUUGUGUAUUUCCCAUAUUUAGAACUGGAACUCCCAAAAAAUAUGCCACUUCGAUACAGCUACAACUUUUUGUUGCAGGUUAGGAGAACUUACUCGGGCAGGUCAGGAAAAUUAACGUAGCAAGUUAGGAGAAUUAGGUUAAGGUUAGGAAAAGGAUGAGGGAAUAUACUCUCCUAAACUGCUACUAAAAGUCACUUGUAUCAAAGUGGCGUGUUUUUAGGGAGUCCCAUUUAGAACUCACUGUGAAAAAUUGCCCUCAUGAACUUAUCUUACGUCUUCUAAUAUUGUCUAUAGCCCUAUGCGUUAAAUGGACAGAUCACUCCACAAAGCAACAUCGACUUUGACCUCAGUCUAAGAUCGAGGUAAGUGAGAACUACAAUAAUGCCGGAAUCUGAAUAUCUCUGCUUUUGACCUCACAUUAUUGAAGCAAAUAACAACUCACACUGUUGAUGUCUUAUAGAAAUCCAGAGUGGGGCCUAAGGGAUGUCACCCUGCUCAGGUCUGUGGCAGAGAAGAGUGGCUUGUUCCUGGAGAAAAUGGUAAGAAGCGAUACUCCAAAUAUCAGUCAUUUAGGAUCUUCAUAAUGUGUGAAUGAAACCCAAUGCUCUGCAUAAGUAACACAAACAUGUUAAAUGAACUGUGUUUGACCAAAUGUAUUAUAAUAGUAAAAGAUGCAACAUUGAAAUAUACAUUACCCAUUUCUUACCUCAAAAUGGGUGAAAUACUUUGUGAUGCCUGCUUAUAACCACUUUCUCUCCUCGUAACGUUAGGUUGACAUGCCAGCUAACAACAAGUGCCUUCUGUUCCGGAAGGAGAGUCUGGUGUGAAGUCUUCUGCUGGCUCUGGGGUUGCAUUCCAACAUCACAAAUGUACCAUCCCGCUCCUGUCUGUACAGGGUGUAACAUGACCAGUAAUGUAUAUUUAACACUUUGUUGAAAAUGAACCUGAACUGAUACCUUAUUUGAAUCAAUGCCAUUUCCAAUCAUUCCCUCACCUCCCAACUGCUAUCUACACACAGGUGAUUUGUUUGGUAACUUCAAAAUGUAUGGUGCUCACUUUUAUUGAUUAAAAUGAAUAGGAUUGUUGUAGGAAGGUGUUUUUGCAUGACACCCACAUCAGAAAAGUGUAGAAAAAAGUAUUUCAUUUUUUAAAUCAACCUGGAGUAUUAAUUUACUAUUAAGAAGUAUGCAUUGAAGUUAUGGGAUUUCAAAGAAGGACAAACAUUACACUACAGCAUAGAAUAAACACUAGUAAAUAGUACAGCACGUUACAUUGAAUACAAAUUAGCUUACACAUGAAACAUUACAUUUGAAUAAAUCUAUUUGAAUAAUGG